CCUGGCUGUCUGAAGCUAGUCCCCUCAGCCAUUAGAUCUGCUUACAUCUCGUAUUUCUAUUUACAAGUUUUGUCAAGAUAUCAAGAUGUUGCCAGGGGAUUUGGAUAUGUAAUUCCCAUUGUUUCCAGUCAUGUAGUUAAUCAGUGGAAAAGCCUGAAGGGAGGACAUAGGUUAUUUGAUCCCAUGGCCUGGUGACAGAAUAUUUUUUUUACCCUACUGCUUCUACAUUUAGAGUUUCAUUCUGUGCCACUGAGGUCACUGAAAAUGAUAUUGACUUUGGUGGGAGCAAAAUAUCAGGCUGCUGAAAAGUGAGCUGUGACAGAACAAUGCUGUAAUUCCAUCAAGAGAGCAACACAGGAUGACUAACAUAUUGUAUAAAGAACUGCCUUUAAUUUUGACAUCAGUUUAUCCUGAAGAUGAUCUGUGUAGCUCAGUCAAGAGCAGUUACAUGGUAUGCUCACUUGGUGAAGGCUCUGGUGCCCUCCAGUGUGAUAUGCCAUGCUGUGCUAAGUCCUUAGGCAACUGGCAGCAACAUGUGGAGCACCUGGGAAGUGAUGGCUGAGAGCUCGUUUGCCCAAGUGAGAAGCCUUCCUGGUGUUAUAUUUGUAAAUGUGAUUAAUGAAAGAGUUUGUGAUGCCCACCCACAGUUUAAGAAGAGAGACAGUUUUGGGGUGAACCUGCUCUGGCACUUGCUAACAUGGAGUAUCUCCACAUCCUGCUCUUCCUGUGCUUCUUGUCAUCUUUCUGCUGGGUUUUACUCCUGGGCCCUUUACUGGGGCUGAAGGGCCAUGCAUAUCUCAGGUUUUGGCAUAUUGUUUUGUUCCUGACAAACAGCAGUGACUUAGGAGUUCCACUGAUGUGAAUCUCAAUCAUAUGUUACUCUGGACAUUUUAGCUGGUUUUGUGAAGCUAUCACUCGGAUGUUUCUUUGAUUCAUCACUUAUCUGUCUCUUAUAUGUUGCUGAUUUAAGCAACUGACUAAUGCCCUGUUAUUGUUCCUCACUAGUUGUCGAGAAGAAGCAAAAUUAUGCCAGUGUGCAUGAAGCAGUGAAAGCUGGUGAUGUAGAACAGCUUGCAUUGAUGAUUAAAAGUGGAGCUGGUGUUAACGAGGUGGAUGUAGUCCACAAAUUCACACCCUUGCACUGUGCUGCCCACUCCGGAAGUCUGGAGUGCCUUCACUGGUUGCUCUGGCACGGAGCUGACACAACUCAUGUGACUGUCAGAGGCUGGACAGCGGCUCACCUUGCGGCCAUCCGAGGGCAGGAUGCCUGCAUGCAGGCUUUAUUAAUAAAUGGAGCAAACACAGAAGCUCAGGAUGACCGUGGGUGCACGCCGGCACACUUGGCUGCAGCCCACGGGCAGUCCUACACCUUGCAGACCAUACUGAGAAGUGGAGCGAACGUAAAUGUUUCAGACAGGAAUGACUGGAAACCUGUUCAUUAUGCUGCUUUUCAUGGUCGUUUGGGGUGUUUGCAGCUUCUUGUUCGAUGGGGAGCAUGUAUUGAUGAUGUGGAUAACAGUGGAAACCUUCCAGCCCACCUGGCAGCAGUGGAAGGACACUUGCAUUGCUUUAAGUUCUUGGUUGGGAAAAUGGCCAGUGUCACACACACGCUGAAAGCCAGGAAUGACCAAGGAGAGACUCCAAGGGACUUGGCUGAACAGUUCUUUAAAGAUAAUAUCCUGCAAUAUAUUGAUGGUAUGGAAAAAGAGGGGGAGCAUCCAGAGACACAGGAAGUUUUAGCUUUCCCAGCUCAUGACGCUGCUUUCAAAGGGGACUUGUUAGUGCUUAGAAGAUUAGUGAGAAGUGGAGUAAUCAAUAUCAAUGAGCGGGAUGAUAAGGGAUACACUCUCAUGCACAAAGCUGCUGAACAGGGGCAUAUCCAUUGCUUACAGUGGUUGAUUGAAAUGGGAGCUGACUGUGACAUUACAAAUGAUGCUGGAGAGACUCCAAAGGAUGUAGCUAAGAGAUGUGCCCAUCUGGCAGCUGUGGAACUUUUGAUACCAAGAACUGGAGACAGUAACUCUAGUGAUGAAGAACUAGAUGCAAACAACAUAAAGUUUUUUGAAAGACAUGGUGUGGAAGGGAGUACAGAUAGCAAAGAAGAUUUAACCCUGGAUAAAGCAGAGAAAAGGAAUGCACGGAUAAGGGCCUAUCACAAGAUUCAAGAACUUCAGCAACUUCUAGAAAUUGCCUACAGCAACUACAGACAGCUGGGAGGGAUAACUGAAGAGGAGAGGAAGAUGAAAAGAGAAGAAAGGAAAGCUGAGAAGGCUGUGAGGGAGCUGGAGGCCCAGCUGGAGUAUGAGCGAGUCAGGCGGGAGAAGCUGGAGAGCCAGCUGGAUGACCACCGUGCUGAGAUAAGCCACCUUAGGGAGAGCCUGGAGAAAACCUGCAUCCCCCCUGCUGUCCCCAUGGAAGCUGAGACAAUCGCCAAGUCUUGCAAAGACAAAAAGAAAAUAAAGAAGCAGCCAGCCUGCAGCCCAGGAGGAGUGUUUGUGAGGCUACGCUGAGGAACGACCCUCCAAGGAGGGGCAGGAGACUGCAAAGGUAGAAAGGCAAUAUUCCAGACAAUGCAAAGUUUGCAUGGCCCAGCUGCACAGAUGAGUUGUGGCCCUCUGCCUUUCAGUGAACUAUGGCUUUAGUUCUCCAGUUCUCUGGUGCGGCAGCAGAAAAUGUAGUUUAGCAACAGCUUUGCAAAUUAUAAAUUGACAUUUCAAGAGUUAACAGCAGCAAUGUCAUAGGCCCUCAUAGUUCGGAGAGAAGUACCUCUGUCUCCUGAUCUAUUUUGUACUGUGACCUUAGAAAGGAAAAAGUGCACAUCACCUCCUAGAAUAUUCAGGUAGGACCUUCAGUGUGGAAGCAGAACACAGUCUCCAGGAGAAUUACUUCUCAGCUGCAGACAGGUACCAGGCACCUUGAUUUUCAUCUUCAAGUCAUUCCUAAAGAAGCCAGGAAGUGACUCCUUUGUGAGGUGCCAGAUGAACUGCAGCAGCAGGCCUCUAGCUCAGGGCUGAAGAGUUUACUAGCUUAUGGGGCACGUUGUGAUUAGAAAUGGCAACCCUGACCUCUCCUCCAUACCUAGAAAACAUUUGAUUACUACACCUAUAAAAUUUUUUCUCUCAUUUGUGUGCUAUUGUGAAGUUAUUUUCCCUUUGGAAGUUUCAUUUUGAGAUUAUUUUUUUUAGUGCUCAAGUCCUGAUAUGUCCUCUCCUUAAGUACUAAAGAAAACAAAUCUCUGAGAAUUUCAGAGGUACUGGAAAAUAAAAAUCAAUGUUUUUCUGUGCACACUGAAGGAGAGGCACACUGACUAACAGCAUAAGCCUUGUAUCAGAGCUAAAGAGCAGAAAUUCAGUCUCAAGAGCUCACUUCAGGGUGUGUGAGGUGAUGAUGGUGAGAAGCUGCAAUAGAUGAGCUCUUUCCUACCUCACCACUGGUGCUAAAUGUUAAUGUAGGAACACUCAGAUAGUCAGACGGCAAAUAUAAGAAAUUAAUUUUAUUUUCUUGAAUGAAGAUAAUAAAUAAUUUAAUGCAUAGAAUAUAAGAAUUAGCAGAAUACCAGCAAGUUCAACUGUAAACAGAAUAAAACCUCAAUAAAAAAAAUUGCCACUACUCACUACCACAUAGUCCUUGGCCCAUAAAGGGCCCAUUCUUAUUUCAAAGUUAAUCCAGAAGGACUUCUUUAAAAAUUAUUAUUUUACUACAAGAGUCAAACCAAGCGUAUGCAUUUGUACUUGAGAUGUGACUGCUUCAGUUUUGAAGGCAUCCACCUGCUAUGUUGCAUCUCUGCAACAAAAGUUUUCAAGUCCUUGCAGAAGGUAGAUGGGUUAGGAAAGUCAGUGUGUUACAGAACAAUCCCAAGGAGUGUGGAGAUGGGAGGAGGAUGACCACCACCACCACCACCACACUGGCACUACUGAGAUGCUGAGUAUUUCCAUGUUACUAUGCCCAGAAAAUAUGUCUGGGUUCAUUAGAAAUACUCUGCACUACCUGAAAGGGGGAAAUUAAGAGUACUUAUCUGACCCAGAUCUGCUGUGCAUGGUUGCUCAGAGUAGUGGCAUUUCCCCUUGGAAAGACAAAGACAGAGAAGUUCCCCCAUUCUGCUGACUUCUGGGGUUAUGGACAUUGAAAGAGAUACUAAAGAAAAUAAAUCUAUGGAGACAUUUUAGUUGUACAUAAGAUUUUAACUUUAUGUAAACUAGUUUUCAAGAAAAAGGGGUUCUUUAAUAAAGGCCUUGGAGUGCGUUUUUAUGUAUGUAGAUAAAAACCCCAAAGGGCCAGGCUUCAAUCCAUCAGAAAAGUGAGGAACAGACUGAAGACAAAAAUCCAGAACCUAUGUUUAAGAUUAAUGUACUUGGAUCAGAGUAGAUAUAUCUGGUAUUAGUAUCCCCAUACUGGGAACACUAAUUUGAGAAUUGUAUUCGCAUUUCAAGGUCCUAUAAAAUGUUUAAUAUUUCCAUUUUAGGAGGAGCUGAGAGUGAGAAUGUUGGAAAACCAAAUUUAAUUAUAAAAAAUAUUAGGAAACACUUUGUGGUAUAGAAUAAGAAAUACUUUAAAAUUAAUACACUACUGAACAAGAGACAACAAAAUUACUAUUUGGCUACUUCCCCCCAAUUAUUUUGAUCUUUAGUGUUACAUAUUCAGAAAACAUUUUUCUUAUACAGUAAGAAUAUAAAAACAAAAAGGAAACAAGGUUAUCUACAGUGCAAACAUGAUCAUCAAACUACUCUUGGCCUGGGUGGCCUUUUCUCUGUCUGUAUUAGAUGCAGUCAUUCCAUUCAGAUCUACUUCCAGAACCUGUAAAAUCCCAGUGCUAUUGCCAGGCAAGUGAACACUGAAGCUGUUAAAGAAAACAAACCCAAAGAAAGGAAAUAAUUAGCUGAAUGCUGAAGUGUAUCACUUUAUACAUACAGGAAAUUAGCUGCAAACAGAUGGAAGAAAAUGGUAACGACACUAGAGCAGAGCCCCUUACACUUCAUGAAUUGCUGCAGGCAUGACAGAGCAAUUUGAGAAGACAGUGGCUUGCCUUAGAUGUCAUACCCUGCACAGCAGCACUGUGGUGGUGACAUGGGGGCCGAAUUCAGCAGCCUAAGGAAGCAUGUUUUCAGGGACACAUCCGAACAGCUACACUGGAUACUCAGUGCACCACAGGCUACAGGAACUUUUACUAUUGGAAGCUGUAUUACAGGGGAUGCUGUACCAGGUCUUGCAUUAGAUGUGGUUAUAAUGAUUUGCCACUGAACCAAAGACAGUGAACUGACGAUACAGGUACCUGACACAACACUGGGAUAUCCCAGCAGCACCCCUGACAAGUUGUCUUUCGGAUUUGUUAUGCUGCUGUUUCAAUUAGUGUUAGAAUAAAGCUAAUUACAUUUCCCUUUGAAUUUA